UCUUUCUCUUUUAUUAGUGAACGCUCCCACUGCCGUGGUUAAUUGAGGAAUUCUGUUGCUAAAUAUAUUUUAGAAAAACACCGUUUAUUGCUCGUGUAAAGACUGAUGUGCUGUUAAUGAUCUCAAUCAAGAUCUCUAUGAUGAAGUGCCAGACAUUCACCGUUAUGGACUUGGUGCGCGGAGCGCCAUCGCAAGCGCUGACUGCUUCACUGCGAUGACCAUAAGCGACAGCGGGAACCAUGAUCGCCAAUUUGCCACUGCUCUUUGCCAAUGGCAACCCGACGGCGUUGACGAAAAUCACCGCCGAGGAGUUGGAGAAGUUUAUAACAUUCAUGGUGACAUGUUCCUGGGGACACGACACUGUCAAAGAUAUCCGUCAGCCGCCGUGGUGGCCUAACGAUGUCGCCUUUUCACACCCUUUUGUCCGACCUGACACCGUGCCUAAAGAUUGGGAGGCGCGCCUCAAAAACCUGGUGAGGAAGUGUUAUGAUUUCCACAAAAGCGCAUUCCUCCUGGUGUUCUCUGCGCAGCUGGCACGCUACCCUCGUAACAGGCUUCGGUAUGUCGAUAAUCAUGACCACACGACGUCUCUCUACUACAGGCCCAACAGUCGGCUUCUGGUCACCUUCAGAAACGAAAACCUGUUUUAUGAUAAAGACACAGAUGAGGUGGAAGAGCCUCGGCUCAAGUCUACUGACAUAUACUUGUGUGAUAACUGUGACAGCCACUUUGACAACUUUGAUACUCUGAAAGCUCAUGAGAGACUAUGUAAUAAUGAGAACCUUCCUACAAGCACCUGCAAUGGAGGCCUAUCAGAUUUUUUGUCAGCUCUAAAGUUGCAGCCUCUCAAUGGAAAGGCCGAUCUGUCUACAACUAAUGGUGAUGAAUCAUAUAACUCUAAACCCAGGAAUGCAAGAAAUACAACCAAUAUUGAUAGAGGUCCCCCAUAUCCUUUUUCAUCCCUGGCGUACAUCAGGAAUGCUAAAACAAACCUUCAAAGAGACAACACAUACUCACGAGAGAGAGUAGAGAGAUACUGCUGCACAUCUGCACCCAUUAGUAAAUUUUUCUUAGGUAGUAAAAGUAAAAAUCAACAGUUUCCUAUUCGAUACAGGAGGCCUAUUGACUACUGGAACAGAAAAUACACUUUUCCCAAUCAGAGAAAUAAAAAAGUACUUGAUCUGAAAGGCCAGUUGUAUCUCCUGAAGUGUAGACCGGUGACAGUUCAUGUUGAGAAAAUGUCACUGGAAAGCAUGCAAGAAUAUAUUGAUAAGCUUAGAGACAAGUCCGAUAAAGUUGAAUGUGUAGAAGAUAAAGAUGUAGUGUACGUGGACAGCAUUGACUGUGACCAAAAUGAUGAUGUGGACAUGAAGGACCCACUUAAGCGGCAGGACAAUGAGUGUGAAGUGAUUGAUUUGUGUUCGGAUGAUGAGAGUCCCGGUGUUAAUGAAAACUGUGACCCUCGUGCCGGUGUAACAUGCGUAAUGCGUGGUGGAGCAGUGCUACGACGCACGGCAGCAGCACCAGCGGCGCAUACGUUGCCUGCUGAGCCAUGCGGAGCACGUCAGCGACCCUUGCCUGCUGCGAUCUUGCACCCCCACCCUGUUAUUUUAAUCGCAACCACACUGAACAACUUACAGACUAUAUCGUUAGAAUGAAUUCAUGUAACUGAUUUAUCUUAAGUACUUGCUAACUAUUUAUUUCACUUCAGGAUUAUUAUUA